AUGAGUUGGAACAAAAUGGCGGACCUCAACAGUGAAGAUAUCGUUCCUCGAGAGCCCAGCUUAGCUGUCUUUUCACGGGCUGACUUCAUGAAAGAAUCUUUUAGCGUGGAUAGCUUUGUUGGAAGUUGCAAAGGGAGUGUCCCUCUGGAUACGCUAAAAACAAACUUAGACGACUAUUUGAAAGCUUUGAAACAUGCUCUAAUUGAGCUGAUCAAUGAAGAUUACGCUGACUUUGUUAACUUAUCUACUAAUCUGGUAGGUGUUUCCAUUACUGAAUUAUUAUCACCACAUGUCAAAACAGAUGCUAACAUAUGGCUCUGUAAAGUUGGAAAAUUUGAUCAUUUCUGUUGACAUUGUUUCACUUUAACUAUUGAGUCAAUGCAUUUCACUUUAGGUAGGAAUGGACAAAAACAUUGCCAGCUUGUCAGUUCCUCUGGGGCAACUUAAAGAGGAAGUACUGGUAAAUACAGUGUAUAUUAUUCAUUGCCUUUUUAUAAUAAGACACCCCACAUACCUCUGCUAAAAAAGAGUUCACUUGACCAUGAGGAAUUUGAAAAUUUUCGUACCAUUUCCAAUUUGAAGUUCGUCUCUAAAGUGAUUGGAAUAGUUGUAGCAGCUCAGGUUAAAAACUAUCUUCACCAUAACGACUUGCAUGAGACUUUUCAAUCAGCUUAUAGGUUCCCUUGCUUUUUCUACUUUACACCUCUCCCCUAGCUGAUAUUAUUCAUAAAUAUAAUGUUAGUUUUCAUUUUUAUACUGACGAUAGUCAGAUUUACAUGAAUUUGAAAACACUCUUCUUGCAAAAGAGAGGAUUGAGAGCUGUAUUCAUGUGUGCUAAAAUUAAAUCGUGACAAAACGUAGUGGGAGUCCUACAUUACUCAGUUUGAAGUUGUCGCUGGAAUGAGUCAAUGGAACAACGAGCAGAAAGGAAACUAUCUUGCGAUGAGCCUAAGGGGGCCUGCCUUAACUCUUCUAGGAAACCUUUCCCCAAACACCCCACAAGAUUUCAAGGAGUUAGUUGUGGCUCUUGAGAGCAGAUUCGUAUCAGCGCACUCAGUUAGAACUUCAUUGCUCUAAAUUUAAGAGUAGGGUGAGACACCCCUAAAGAAUCUUUACAAGAACUAGCCGUGGAUUUAGAUUGCUUGGUAAGGCUAGCUUACCCUUGAGCCCCAGAGGAGAUAAAGGACCUACAGUGUAUUGGCAAAGGAACAAUUCAUUGACACUAUCCUGGAUGGAGAUGGAGUAGGCCCCAGUCCCUCCAGGCUGCUAUGACAUUAGCUAUGGAGCUGGAAUCUUAUUGACUAGCCUCCCUCCAAAGGGAAUUUCAAGUAAUAUAUCAAGCAUGAGAUGCAGUGUAUCAUCACCAGAUGAAACAGCAAGAGCAGAGUUGAAAAUACAACGCACAGUAGAAUAUUUUUGACGAACUUCCAGGUGUUUCAUCUGAUGAUGAAACUCUGUGUUGAAUGCUGGAUAUUACUUCUCAACAAAAUGAUUUCAGAGGGAGAAAUUAAGGAUGCAAAAUGAGCAGUUUUUAUCUGAUUUCCAAACACUCAUUAAACAUUAAUUUCCCUUGUUUUUUUCGUUAUGAAUUAUUAAUGAGUUUGCUAAAUUCGAAGCAUGUAUUGUGGUACAUCAGAAGGGAGUUCAACUGAUGAGCCUGGUUGUGGGAAAUCCCAACAGGAUGAUGUACUUGCUCAAGUUAAAGGACUACUCACUGAAGCGGUAUCUUCCCAAAGUUUUGGGCUCCCACAAUGCUGGGCGUGUGGAAAAAGGGGUCACCUGAAACAAGAUUGUUGGAAGGUUGGAAGAAACGAGGGAUAAGCAGAACCAGAACCUCUCCCAACCUCAUUUAAACUAGUAUAUAGGACAGGCAGAACUUCAGGGGGAAACACUGGCCCAUCAAACAAUCAGUACAACCCCACAAGUGUUGUUGAUGGCUGGAUGAUUGUCUUAUAAUGGAAACUUUAUUUGUGUUUUUGAAUGUACAAUUGUAAACCUCGCUACGUAUAGGCAAUUUACAAACGCUGCUUGAGAUUGGAUUAUUAAAAAGAAAAAAAAAAUCAAAGCAAAAACAAAAACAAAACAAAACAAAAGCCAAAAACAAAAAAAUAUCAAAAUUGCAUUAAGUCUGGGCUAUAUAUCCCAGCUCCUAUUUCUACAACAAAAGAUGUAAUAUGUUGCUCUAAUGGUUAUAUUUAUCAUUUUCUUGAUUAUAUAACGUUGCUGCUUUUUGUCAAUGCCAAUGUCAUUCAUCAUGUCUAAGAACAUGGAGCAAUGAUAAUGAUAAUGAUAAUAAUAAUGAUAAUAGUAAUAAUAAUAAUAAACUUUAUUUCUGUAGCAUCUAUAUCACUAGUUGUUCUAGGCACUUUACAUUAUUACACAAAACGUGUUAAGAUGCAAAUAAAUUACAACAAUUGGAAUAAAAAUAAUGGUAGUAAUACCAGUAAUGAUAUCAAAAAUAACAAAUAACCGUCCAAGCGCAUAAAUAUAUCUAUAACUCAAAAAAUCUAACAACUACAUAUAUAAGUAUGAAAAUAAAAAUAAAAAUCUAUUUACAAAUUAAGGAAAAGCUUGGUGAAAUAAAUAUGUCUUUAAGGUUUUUUGAAAGGAAUUCAAGGAAUUGGCAUUUCUUAAAGAUGCUGGCAUGCUGUUCCAUAAUUUCGGUCCGAUAAUAGAAAAUCUUCGAUCACCAUAAGAUAAGUGCAAAUUGGAUAUAUAACUUGGUGAAAAUCCAUUGAUAGCCUUAUAUACUAACAAUAAGGUUUUAUAAAUAAUACGGUAUUCAACAGGCAACCAAUGUAAGUCUGUUAAGCUGGGUAUUACAUGUUCAUACCUCCUGGUGAAUGUUACGAUAUGUGCUGCUCUAUUCUGAACUAGCUGUAGGCAGUUUAAGAGAACUUUAGGUAAUCCAUAUAGAAUUGCUUUACAGUUAUCCAAGUUGGUAGUCACGAAAGCAUGUUAAAUAAUAUUGCUUCAGUAGAUCCAUGAUCUAAAUAUGUUCUUAUCUUACUAAUAUUAGUUAAAUGGAAAUGACAUGUCUUGCAAAUCUUUUUAAUCUGGUCUUCCAUAUCAGCACUGGGAUCGAGUAUCACUCCAAGAUAACGAACAGAAGAGGAUGGUUGAAUCAGUUUCACCCCCAACACGAACAAAUUCCUAUGAAGAACUGGGCCGAUAACGUGAACUGAGUAGAAGCAGCUCAGUUUUUUAUAAGGAGGGCAGUCUUACCAUAAACAGUGACAUUAAAGUAGUGAUAUGUCCUAUGGUCAUUGACACAGGCACCAACAUCACAGUAGUUUGCCCAGACGUGUAAAGAAAGCCGAGACUCUCUCAUCUGUGAGCCACUAACAGGGUACUCGAAAAUGGAACAUGAGAAAUGGCACAAGUAUGUGGAAAACUGAGGCUUUGGGUCAGGAUUGGAGGGACCCAAGUCUCGCACGAAGUGCUAGUUACAAAUAUUUCCGACAGGUUUAUACUGGGCCUAGACUUCCUGAUGGCUCAUGGCUGUACCGUCGAUGCAGGAGCAGGAAGCCUACGAAUUGGAGCAGAAGAGGUUCAACUUCGUAAGCCUUAAACCAGCGAACUAGCCCUCUGCUAUCAAGUGACAGCAGUUGCGGACAAACUGGUCUUACCUCACAGCAAGGCCACUUCUGUUUUGUUUCCUUUGAAUUUUCUUGUUUACAUAUCAGUAGCUCUAGUUAUUCUUUUUUGUUUCAACGAUCUUUUUUUUUUGUUUUGUUUUGUUUUUUAAUCAACAAGGGAUUCACUGGUUAGGCUGUAGUGGUCUUCCUGCCUAAUAUUUUUUAUGUAUUCGUGUAUAAAGAUUGUAUUCUAGUUAGGCGAAGCUAAAAAAAUAAAUAAAUAAAUUGUGGUGGCCAAGAUUAUGGACAACCCCAUUUGCCAACUGUGGGGAACAAUGGGCCCAUCAAUGUCUACUAUGCUCCCACCCGAUGUGAUGGGAAGGGCCACUUUUUGUGUUAGAUGUAAAUGAUGUUGUGUACAGGAUCCAGUGAGGUCCACAGGCAAUGCCUACAGCAAGGUGGUGCACUGGGGCAGGCGUUGGAAGCACCUUGGCAAGGCUCAUGCCGAUUGGUUCAAGGAACCUUGUUCUGGAGGACCGGAUGAGGGGAUGCCUGAGGAAACACCGAUGGAGUGGGGUAUCUUAGCAAGUGAUGUCAACAACAAUGCACUACCCCACCAUUGCAAGAGGCAAAGAGAAAUACCCUCAGAUUCAGAGGAAACCGUUCCUAGGCCAGUGAUUCCCUUGAUGUCCAGGUGGAAACCCCAGCACCACAGCAGCACCAGGAGGGAUCCAGGCAUCCUCAGCGGAGCAGAAGUACUCCCCAGAGAUAAAAGGACUUUGUUAUGAGUUAAAACACUUACACUUAGCUUAAUCUGAAGUUAUAAUAUUUGUUUCCUGAACAAUCGAACAGUCUAGAAACUUAUGUUUGUUGCUGUUUUAAAUCACUAAUACUCGUAAUGAAUAAUGGCUCUUGGAGGGGGGUGGGGUGUUUUAAUGGGUAAUUGCAUGCCAUAGCGUAUUGUGAUGUUGCAUGCUGUCUUCCUAAUAUGAUUCUGCCAUAUUUGGGCAUGUGAGAGGGUGAAAAUGAUUCAGGCUAGUGUGCAACAGGGUGAUUUGAUCAGAUUAAAAAUGGUGAAAACUUGUCAUUACCACUGUAUGUUUUAUUUGCUGAACCAGUGGAGUGUAACAAUAUUUUUUAACUUUUUGUCUGAUUUUUAUCAUAAUUUGUAUAUUGUAUUAUUUUUUUUCUUGGUUUUAAAAGUGCCAUUGGACUUAUGGAAAUCAUUAGAUAUUAAUGAUAAUAAUAAUAAUAAUAAUGAUAAACUAAUGAGUGUAAAUUGCUGAAGUUACCAUAUUUUGUAACUUGAACAGUUAAGGAAUUUUAAAAACUGCAUCAUUGAUCUUUAUUCUCUUUUCAGCUCAUUAAAUCUGACCUAGAUGGAACCAUUGGAGCAAUUGAAGACAAGCUGGAUGAAAGAGCACUUUUGAGACAAAAAAAGGUACUGAAAUUUAGAGAACUAAAUUGAGAGAAGAUGAAAAUUUAAAUCACCCAUACUGAAAUGUAAAGAUGAAAGAUUUCUGUUACCUGUAAUAUAAUAAAUUAGUAAGCGUCUGAAUCAGUGAUGACCAUCUUUUUAUUAUUAUUAUUUUAGGUGUUGCAUCUUUUAAUGAACAAAUAAAGAAGCCUUGACUUUGCUCUGUUCUGUUGUACAGUAAAGCAUGUAGGAAGCUGCUAGAGCACAAAAGAAGUGUAGAGGAAACAAGAUGUAAUAAUACACAGAAUGAAAGUUUAUUGAAAGUGAAACAAGGCAUGAAAGACUGGGUAGAGAGAGGGGCUGUUUGCCAUUUAUGCUUCUAUAAUUUCAAUUUUUCUUUCUUUAAAACAUUCCUAAUGCUUUAACAUUAACACAGGUAGAACAGGUAUUCAAGAAUACAACUUCAUCUUGCACAUUAACAAACCCAAAACAAGAUAUAAAAAUUUAAUAUUGUCCUUGCCUUAACACCUUGCUACUUAUUUUGUCAACUUAAUAACAAAAAAAAAUUGAAUUGUAUGGUCUUGUAUGGGCUUGCAUUUUUUGUAACUCUUGAUAAUAUGUAUUAUUUAAAUUAUGCUGACAUCAUUCCACUGCAGGUGACAUAUUUCUGUUGAAGGUGAUCCUCUAAUCUUGUUUCUCCUUUUUCUAAUCCAUUUUAAUGGCAAAGUGUGAUAGUUUUAUCCAAGGGCCAUUAGCACUGGUAUUUCAUUAUGAAUGAGCUCUUUUGAUUUUUUGCUCUAGCUGUGUAUGCAGCAUUUGUUAAACAUCACAAAGUCCCUGGAAAAGAUUGAAAGACUUUUACAAGGAUCAAAGAUCACUCAAGAUGUCUCUUCUAAAGACCCUGAUGGGUGAGGACUUGUGCUUUAAUGUGCUGUACCAGCUACAGUUGUACCUUUCUAAAUUUCCUUGCUCAUGUUUUGGUUGAAUUUUAUGAGUCAUACAGUAUUUCACCAUGGAAGCAAGGGCAGAAUAGAUUGCCAAAUGCACCAUCUAUCUGAAUUUCUCUUGUAAUAGCCAAACAAUUGUACAGUAAUCAUGGCCAUUGAGUUUAGUUAUGUUAUUAAGUGCUUUUGUUGUUGUUGUUGUUGUAGUGAAGAUGACUCUCAACUGAUUGAGCGAGUGGCCAGUGAAUUUAAUCAACUGCAGUUUUAUGUGACACAGAGUCAAGGCCAUCCACUUGUGGAGAGCAUUAGAGGAGUAAGUUACUUAGCUAGGGUACUGUUUUAAUAACCUUUUUUUACUUCAAAAGCAGUAAUUUUGGCUCAAGUAGUUAUAGUACAUGUAAGUCCUGCAUCUGAAAUUUUGUGAAAAACCAUGGGUCCAGUGCAGAACCAGUGAGUCCUAGUUCAAAAAACACAAUGCGUCCUAAAUUGACAAUGCCUGGACCUUUAUGUAACCAGACAGUUAAUUUGAAGACAGACAUUAAACCUCUUUAUCACAGUUAACUGAAAUUAAAAUAUAGUCCUUCUAUUGAAACAACAAAAAUGAGGGUACUAAAUUAAAAUAAAUAUGCAUUGUUAAACAACAGCCACAAUAACAGCCACAGAAAUAACACAAACAGGUUAUUCUACAAAUCAAUCUUUGUGUCCUACAGGAUGCAUGCCAGGAGUUAUUUUGUGUUUUGGGGGAUUUUUAUGCGUCAUGAACGCAGGAUGCAGGUUACUUUUAUUGCAUUAUUGGAGAAUACCAUGAAUCAUGAAUGGAACUGUUUGAAGAAAAUCACUUUUAACAAUACCUGUUAAUCUUCUGUAACUAUGCAACAGUUUUUCUAAUGCUUGAGAGCAGAAACUUACCAGAAUGCUGCAUUUUCAUGACUUGUGAUGAUUCUAUAACAGCGAAUAGCAGCGAUAACAAGCACUCUUCAAAAGAAGUUGGAGGCAGCCUUUCAGGAAGGACUUCAGACAGGAGAGCUUAAUCUGCUUUCAAGAGUCCUAAGAACCUAUGCCAUUAUAGACAAGACAAAGGAUGCUGAAAUAUUGUUUAGGGAAGUCAUUGUCAAACCUUAUAUGAGUGAGGUAGGUUAUCGUUUGUUAAGGAAUGCGGCUGAGUAUCUUGUCUGCACCAAUGCCUUUGCUGAUGGUACCAAACAUAAUCCAUACAUACACUGUUUAUAGGUAGCCAUUGCAACACCUGAAGGAGGAUCACAAGGUUAUCCCUUUAUUAAGAUCUCACCCAGCCCAGAAAAGGUGGCCGCACUACCGGGGUCUAUGUCCCCUAAAAAAAACAUUAUUAAAAAACGAUUAAUCAGUAAUUACCCAGCUCUGUUGUUAGAAAUGUCAAAGUUUGUUAUUGUGCAAGCCCCACAAAUCAAAUAAUAGCAGCUUGGCCUAAUGUGGAAAAUCAGUAGCUGUCAAUGAAAUUCAGUGUAUAACACCCGAGCCACUUUUAUUGUCACAUAAAAAAUAAAUAAAAAUGUCAGCAAUAUUAUCGCAUUUGUUGUAGUUUAAUUUUUAUCAGUAACUUGGUUUAAAUUUCAUUUUCUUUUGUUUUAAACUCAUUAUUGUACAUUACCAUUCCCCAAAAUUGAAGAGAAAAAAAUUUAAACUAUGAAAGGAUAAAAUUGAACCACAACAUAUUGAUCUGACAAAACAGAUAUUAUUCAUAUUAUGAAGCUACUUGUAUUUAUAAUGUUGAUAAUGUGUUGAUAAUAAUAUCCCCAGGUGAUUAACGAGAAAAUGUUGACAGCUGAUUCAUCACAGGGUCUGUGUGAUGUGUACAACAAAAUUCUUGAGUUUGUCCCACGCCACUGUACACAGAUGAUCAACAUAACAUCUGGCAGGUUUGUUGCAAGUGACUUGGAGAUGUUUGGUGAACACAGAGCUGGGAUCAGAGGGUUUGACUUUGUAGUAAAUGCUGUGUGGCCUGAGGCUAUCAGUCUUAUUGAGGCACGGCUUGGAUCAAUAUUUGCCCCAGGAAACCCAGACUCCUUUCAUCAGGUUUGUUUUUAAACUGUUGACAGAAUUGAAGAGAUCUCAGUCAUAAAAUAAUGACAUUUUUUUCUGUUUAAGGUAACAUUUUGUAAAAUUCCCUUCAGAGAGCUCUGGUAUGUUUAUUUAUGGGUUAUUUAAGCAUAGCCACAAAAUCCAUUCUGAUAUUGACAGUUUUGAUGAUUGUCACUCAGCCAUCUUGAUCAAAAUCAAGAACAUCAAAAGGUGCCAGCAGGAACCCUCAGUAUGCUCCUGUAUGCUCGAUCAUCCACCCCUCCCCCCUGGUUGGGGGAAGGGGGGGUGGAGAUUGCUUGGGUCCAUAGAGGAGAUAGCUGGUAUACUUCACUAUUCAUAAUAGGAAUGUUUGCUCUCCGAUUUGCAUGCUUUUCUUGAUCCACCUUGUGAAAAUAUUGCUUUCUUUCUCAACUAUUUCACUUGCCUUCCAAUCAAUAAUAUGAGUGUUCUGGCACACAUGGUGUGUUAUGGAUUAUAGUGGAGCUUUUGCACAUACAAAGCAUGUGCAGCAGAGCACCUUGUCCUUGGCAAAAUCUAUAUAUGUUAUGAUACUUAUUGGCAGAAAUUCUGCUUUUGGAUCUUGUGAAAUUCUUCUCUGCCUCCUUUCUAUAUUCUGUGGCCAUUAUAAAUUAUAUCCUGACUCCAAAGUGUCUGCCCAGCUGUUUUCCCAAAGUAGACAGCUCUUUGCAGUUUUGGACACCACACCUCCUGUUUUUGCUUUAUAUCAGUUUUCACCAAGUAUAGAAGAGUUGACAAAGUUGUUUAAACCUCAAACCACCAGCAGAUGGACAAAUUAAGUCUUAGUUGACCUGAAGGACAAAAUUGAUAAGCAGAAAAGGCAGCUGUUUUGUAUAAAAUUCUAUCCAAACAACUGUAAGAUCUCCACCCCAAACCAGGGGAAGAGGGCUUCAACAGCGUGAUUUUGCACAAUUUACCCUGGCUUACAGGAGCCUAUUGAGGGUUCCUGAUUCCUUUUAACAGUCAUCAUAACUGUCUUGUGGAUUCUUUUGCUACCGGUAUGUUUAAAGAACCUAUCAAUUUAUUGAUUUGUGGACUAAUUCAGCUUUGGUACAUGUAUGUUUUUGUGCAUCGAAAGGAUUUUAAUUUCUACAUGUUUCUUAGCUUUGCUGCACUGCACAAAGUGUCUUCACGAAGUUAGUUAGCAAACUAUUUUCCAAAAAUUAUUGGACGUCAAGUUUUAGCUGAAAGUAAAUCUUAUCUGUUGUAAGUUUUACCCAACCACUUAGUUGUAGAACUACAAAAUUUUUGAUGUUGAAACUUGGAUUUAUUUCUUCCUACAGAAAUAUAUGACGACAGUGUGGUUCAUUAACAAGUUUGAAGGUAUUUGUGGUUCAAAGGCAAGUGUACAGCGACUGAGGUCACAUCCAAGUUUCACUGCUUUUAUGGCAAGAUGGAGUUUACCUGUUUACUUUCAAAUCAGGUACCAAAAUCUCUGUAGCAAUUACUCUUAAACCAAUUUCUUUUUAGUCCACAAAGCAAUAUAAUUGGAGCACAUAUGUUUUCCCAUUGGCUGUGUGCCAAUUUCUAAAAAAUAAAUGGCUCUGAUCUUUCACACUGUCAAACAUCAGCAGGGGUAUUUAGGAGAACGCUGAACGCAGAACACCAAAUGCUGAACACCAAAUGACUCUGAAGUUUAAUGAUUAGGGUUAGGAAACGGAGUGAAUCUAGUUUCAGGUCUGUUUUCCCAGUAUAAUGACUCUAAAUGGAAUCUGAUUCACUCAGUUUCCUAAACCUACUCACUAAAUUUCAGAGUCUCUUGGCAUUCUGCAUUCAGUGUUCGGCGAAAGCAAAAUGUCAAAUUACUGUGAAGUUUAGUCAUUAGGAUUAGGAAACUGAGUGAAUCAGGUUUCAGUUCUGUUUUCCCAGUUUAAUGACCUUAAAUGGAACCUGACAAACUUAGAGACAUUCGGCAUAUUCAGCGUUCUAUGUUCUGCAAAAUACCCCGGUCAGUCAAACAUACCAAUAACUUCCUGCUUGGGUUGCUGAAGGAUUUAUUACAUGUGACUGUUUUCUUCCACGGGUGCCUUGGGCUGUUAAGCCAGAAGAAAUAGAAUGGGCGUGAGUCCAUUUUUAUGGAUUGAGAUUCUUUGUAAUACACUAGAGUGUAUUGUGAAAGCAAAAUAAAUUAAUAAUAGUAGCUUUCUGUAUGUAUUACUGAAUGUGUUACUGUGAAGAAAUCACAGGACAACAGCACUUACUUACCAGAAGCCUUUAUGAUUGUUACAGAUUUCAGGAAAUGGCCAGCAAGUUUGAAAAUGCUUUACAGGAACCUCAUGGAAUUGCCCAGCAAGGUAAUGAUGUCUGGUAAAUGCAUUGUCAUGUGAUAAGUUCAGUUCAGUUCAAUUCACAGGGUUUGCACAGUCUUGAAAAGUCCUUGAAUUUUCUUCAACUUUGAUUGUAGUGGCCUGGAAAGAAUUAUUUGAUGCCUUUUGGUCGUCGAAGAUAGAAUAUAAAUCAUAGCUCGGAGAAUUUAAAGGUUAUUUACAUAAAGUGCUCUAUGUUUCAUGCAAUAAGUAACUAUCAAUUCAGGACAAGUGAACUGAAAACUGUAGACAAGUUGGUGAAGCAAACAGUUCAAGCCUUAAAGUCUUAUUAGAACAGACUGGGAAUGUGCAUUUUUGUACAAUCUGUGAAAUUAUAUUCCUAGUAGGUGAUCCCAAAAAAUAUAAUGUGGUCCUUGAAAAGUCCUUGAAAAAUGGUUGCAAUUUUUUGUAUGAACCAUGGUUCAGUUCAAUUCAGUUUAUUGUUUUGCCAUAAGGAUGAACAAAAAACAAAAUUUAAAUAUUGAAAAAGCCAAUGGCAAAGAAGCGCAAGGGAAGCCACCGGGCUUGUAAGGAAUGAGCUCCCUCAGUUAAAUUAUUACAACCAAAUAUUAACAGAAUUAUAGAAAAAAACUGACAAUGAAAAGCAGAAGUAAAGUAAAAAAAGAAUAUUUUUGAUAAGAGGAAUGCGUUCAGCCUAUAGCAAAAGGAAGCGGUACUUGUUGCAUUUCGGAUUUCAAAAGUAAGAGUAAACACGCAUCAAGGUGCUUUCCAUCUGGUGUUAUGUAGGUUUACUUUCUGCUAUCUUGGUGUCAUUAUGAUUGUUUGACUUUGUAUUUUCCCUGUACAGACUCUCCACAGCUGUUCUUGACGUCAGCUGUUAGCGUACUGUGGUUUUGUAUUGAGAGAUGCUGGCAAGAUUCUGUGUAUAUUCAGGCCCUCUGUCACAGGUUCUGGAAAUUAACUCUUCAGGUAUAAAGAAUCCUUUUCUUCUGAAAUAUUUUGUAUGUAACUUGUAUAAAACUGGUAUGACUUUCUGUUAUAACACACACAUUUUCCGCCUGGUAAAUAAAGAUACUUUGCCCCAUGGAAGGUAGGACUCAGAAUUCUGGAUUCCUGAAAUUUUGCCCUAGGCAUUUGAAAUCCUGCUAGUGAUUGAAAUCUGGAAUCCAAGUUCCACUGCUAAGGAACCUGAAAUGGAGUACCUGGAAUCAGGAAUCCGUAGCAUGGAUUCCAGAAUCCAGGACUAUCUCGUUAGUAUUUUCAACAUUUGCUUUACAACCUCAUGUCCAUCAUAGUUUUCUAUCUGAAAAGUUGCAUUAUUUAUUGUGUUCAUUUUGUAGCUUCUGUCAAGAUUGUUCGUUUGGAUUAAAGUUGAUGUGUCCUCUACAAGGCAAACUGGUGUAUGUAUCUGCUUUUUACUUGAAGGACCUUUUUUAUAUUUUCAUUCAUGCUCGUCUUUCACAGUUGAUCUUGGCCCAUGUUCUAUAUUUGCUUUUUUGUAAAUUUGUUAAGCUAUAUGAUUGAAUGUUGCAGGUCAGCGAAGGAACUGACGAUGCAGCUACAUCUUAUUUGGUUCACUUACUUAGUGACCUGAACACACUCUUGAAAAAAGUAAGCUCUGAAGUUCGUCAUCAGGGAGACUAGUUGUGGAUACAUCAAGCCAUUAUCCUACAGGAUAGGGCCUGUUGGUUUGGGGAAAAUUUAAUGCUGUUUUUUGAUCUAAAUCUUCCACCAGACGUAAACCUUAAAACUUUAUAUCGACAGAGAGCACUUUAACUGCCAGAUUUCUACAAAAAAAUGCACCAUCCGCGGAUAUUGCUGGAAAUAAACCGUGUAUGACCAAUUUAAUCACGCUAUGUAAAAUAGCAUUAUAAUGUGCUGCGGAAAAUUGCUAUUCCCCGGAUGUGUGUAGUAGGCUGUGAGCAAACGUUCUCUUUUACUCCCACCCCUCCCUUCUGUGACCCUGUUCCUGGUACCGGCUUGCUCACAGAGACAUGUGUAACCAUAACUAAACCUGGAUGCCAGUAUUUUUCUCUCCCUUCUUACACAUAUUUAGCUGCUACCCUGGCAACAAGUUUGGCGUCGGUCUCUUUACUUAUUGUUUACUUUAUGGGGAUUAUAAAUAAAAAAUCUGUGGUGAGGGAACAUUAGCCUAAGUAUCAGGCAUGAGAAGGGAGAAGCGAAAAGGUUCUAUUGAGACAGCAGAGGAAGAGGAACUUCCUCCCUUUCUUUCACCGUCUCCACUUCGUCCUUUAAAAUCUCCCCUCACCCUAAAGGAAGUUCCAGUGCUCAUGCAGCUUAAGGCACUUCGAUUGAACACCUUGCAUGCAUGCCUUUUAGCUUUUUUUGCAAGGGAAGAAAGAAAUAACAACAACAACAUUUAUUAUUUCUAGUGCGCCUUUUCUAUAUGAAUAAUCAAAAGCGAAAUGUUACUGCAGUGAACAUAUCGGUAGUAAAAUAUUCAUUUACUGUUGGGGCGCUCUGUUAGAUGCCCUUAGAGAGGAGCGGCGCGGAUGAUUUCUCUCCACCCCCCAUCAAACGGCUCCCUCAUGUUUUUUUUCAUCUUGUUUUUGUCUACUCCGUCCUUGCACACAAAAAAAGCAUUGCUAAGUAUACAAGUAAGAUCCCCAGGUCUCAUCCGGACUCAAAACCUUCAAGAUCUUGUUUUUGAUUUAUAAGUACAUUGUCAUUAUCUUUUAUGUUUUUUGUGAAUUGUUUAGGUUCCGGAAUUCUUCAGACAGGACAUCCUUCCAAAACUACGUCAAACAAACAUUCAAGAUACAGAGCUACUCUCCGGUAGGUUUAACUGUGUUAGUAAAUUAGAACAACAACCAAAAAAUUAGAACACGUGGCUUUCAGUGUUGUUCAUUUUUGUUUAAAGCCUUGGUUCAUUGAAUAUCUCUAAUAGAGGCUAUUCUGGAGAGCUGUGGGGCCGUUCAACAGCUGGUGCCAGGAUUAGAAGGGCAGAUUGUCAGCCAAGUUGUUAAUCGGGCCUCUCAAGGACUGGAAGCUGCCAAGAAUAUUCCCAGGCUAUACCGCAGAACGAACAAAGAGGUAUGCUAAUCUUACAUACUACUAACUAGUUUGGUUACUUUGAGAUAACUAGAUAGGAAGGCCUUAAGACAGCAGGAAAGGAUUUUAAAAUUGUUAGCAAUCGGGUUUUAAGAUGUGUUUUUGAAUGCCGUGGCAGCUUUAAGGUUUUAAUGACAUAGCAUCCAACAUGUGUAAGAUGUUUUAACCGGCAGAUAUGUUACUGGGUUAAUCAUUUUACAGGCUCCUAGCAAAGCUUCACCUUUUGUGAGCAGCGUACUGAAACCUGUCCGAGAUUUUCUGGAACAUCACCAAUCUCUCGUCAGUCAGCAACAACGCCAGGCCUGGGCAGCAGCUAUCCUCCAAUCACUGCUUUUGAAGUACGUUUAUAUAAAUCAGUAUAGAGGUAGAAAAUAGCGGCAAUUUGGUUUUAGUAUGAGGAGCUGGUGUAAAAGACGCACAUUUUUCCCUUCUCGGGGAAACGCCAGUUUUUGCGCGUUCCUCAAGCGACCUUAGUCUGGUAGGAGCGGUAAGAAAAGAUACGGUGGCGGGAAAGGAAAUCCGGAGGAAAUGGGUAUAUUUCGUGAGCGCGUAGCUUCUCUUAUCUACCAAUUGAACUAGUUUGAUGUUUCUCGUCGCAACACAUUGAUGUCAUCCUUCGAGCUAGCACUCUACUAUCAUCUUGCUCCGUUUAGAAAUACCAGGGUAUAUUUUCGCGUUUUAAUCUGAAGAAAUCUUCCGCACAAGUUGUUGAAACUUCAGUCGCUGUAAAAGACAUUCGUAUUAGCGACUACACGCACCCGGAUGAUCAUAUUCCAUCUGCUUAUGACACGAUUCCUGGGGUUCAAAGGAUUCACGGAGUUUUCAUUCUCUCUUAGGUACCACAACAUCACAGGCGAUGUAUUAACGUCCAUUAAACGGACUGAAGACAGUUUAAUGCGUCUUAAACGAUCAAGAAAACAGCAGGGAACUGGUUCAGGUGGUCAAACCACAAACCAGGAACCGGGUCAAUCUGCUAUGAGUGAUGAUGACAAGAUUCGACUCCAAUUCACUCUUGACACAGAAGAGUUUGGACGAGUGGUAAGACGCAGAUACCUUUUGUUAACUAUGUUUUCAUUUUGGUAUCUUCGGUGGGAGAACUUUUGGUGAUUUCUCCUUUUUCUUAUUUCAUCUCAGAUUGAAGAGCUGGGAGUUGAGGAAAAUCGAACCCCUGCUUACAGCGAGUUGGUGAACACAGUAAAAGCCGCUCGUACAUCUAACUCAGGCGCUAACUGAAUAAGUAAUGUGAUUGCAUUGUGAUGAUAAAAAAGACUGGAGUUGGAACGACAUACUGGUGUUUCCGUUUCUCGUUAAACACAAUCCGUGAAAAAACGCUGACCAGCAAGACUAGUGACUUUUAGGAACGUCGGGCUACAGCAGUGAAAAUGUCUCCAUUAAAAUGUAUUCUUGUUGUUGUUGUUUUUUAACUUGACGGCGAUUAUUUUUAUUCCAACUCGUUCAAAUUGGUGAAAAAAUGUCGGUGAAUUCUCCUGGAGUGGAAUUCUUAAGGACUGUAACCAAGUUCAGAGAGAGAAAGAAAAAUUCGUCGUCGUGUGUCUGCGUCCUUUAUUAAGCGUCGCACAGGGAAGAUUUGUAGUGACGGCAAAGAAAUUUAUCCGGAAAAGUAUAUUGUACGUGCAGAUUUGGUCUUUUUCUCGUAAAACCUUUUCCUUUUUAUGAGGUCCCGACCACAGGCAUCAGGCCAGAUAUCAGUCUUUGAAACCGCAUUUAUAUUUUUUUGAUCAGCUCACCGAAGCCACUCUCCAGAGUGAUAUUUAGGGAUCUGACGGAAUUGCGAGUUGGUGUAGACGAUUGAAACCGGAUUAUUGCGGUCAGUUCAGCCAGCUGCCCGAAUUCGUGUGUACGGGGCCUGUCGUUCUCGUUGCUGUUUUCUGGUUGCUGAAGGUGCUAACCUGUUCACAGACCUUCUCGGUUUUAGGGUCGUCGAGUGGGAUUUCACUUUUGGUCAUUAACGCAAGUAAGAGUGAUUGGGCAAAAGAGAAAACUUUCGUUCCGCAAUUUUCUUGAAG